UUACCAUUAACCUACUUACGUUUGCUGCAGCUGUGUAAAAUAUUUUUUUUGCAACAGAACGCGCUUAAAAUAAGUUAGUGAAACUCCUAAUUGUGCUUGAAGUUAAAAUAUCAAGUAUAUGUUAGAUAUCUUUAAAAUAUUUAUCAAAACUAGGCACUAGUUAAAAUUAGGCCACUGUAAUAAUUAUUUACAUCAUAGUGAAGUGAAAAUAAAGUGGAGUGAGAAGUUACAUUACUCUUCGCACAGUGGGAAUCUGAAGUGUUUAUUGUGGAACUGGUCAAAACAUUUUUAUGCAAUAAUAUUAUAGGAGUGCAACCUGUUAACGACGAUAUUCCGUCAACAAGUCAUUCCGCAAAUAAAAAAAAACGAUUUAAGAAAAUAAUUGAUAAUUCGGGGGCAAAAUAUAAAAAUAACAUUUUAAAUAGAUCUGCAUCGCAAUCUUAUUAUAAAAGAAUAAAGCGGACCGUCAUGAAUCGUACCUUAAAGCGUAAUGCAAUGCAGAACGCAAGAGAAGUUGAGUGGAAACAUAAGAAGCAACGUAUUAAAGAUAAAAUUGAUUUAACAGCGGAGAUAACUGCUUCGAAAGUCAAUAAACCAACUAUUUCUGUCCGCAAAAAUUUGAUAAUUGCAUCAAAUUGUAAAGAAAAUAUCAUCGACGAUGAUUGUAUUUGCGUGGAACCAGAACUCGUUUCAAUAGAUCUGGAAAACUACGAACCUUCAAAUUUCCUCUCAUCUACGCCAAUAUCACAAAAAGAAGGCAGUGAAGUCAAAAAAGAGUCCAAUUUUUUUGAAGAGAAGAAACCUAAAUGGUGGAUUGAUACAACUGGAGAUAAAACUUUAACUAGUAUCAACUCACCUGAUAAAGUUACUCCGCCUAAACAUUCUACAAAGAACUCAACUGCAAAAUCACAUUUCAGACCUGAGGAUAUAAUUGUGUUGGAUGAAACUUUUGAAGAUACCACAUUAAAACCAAAAACAGUAAAUGACGAUAGUGAUGAUAGUGUUUUGUUUGUUAGUGAUUCAAAAUCACCAGAUUAUAUUCCCCUUAAUUCUACAAAUACUGACAAUACAUCAAAUUCAUCACAAUAUGUAAUCAAUUGCAUACGGGCAAAAAUGGUGCGGAAUAAUUCUUUAUUUACGAAAAGUGAGAAGAAAAAAUUAAUGCAAUAUAAUACAAAUGCUUAUAAUCCUGGCACAGUGGAAAUCUUGAGAAAGCGAAUGAUCAUAAUCGAUGGCAGUAAUGUGGCAUACAGCCAUAGCAGAAAUAAAGAAUUUUCAGUCCGUGGUCUUAAAAUCUGUUUAGAUUAUUUUGAAAAUAUGGGCCAUCGGGUUAAAGCAGUUGUACCACAAUUCCGACUACAAAAAUCUAAAUCAUCAGAUCCAGCUAGUCUAGAAAAAUAUUAUGAAAACGGAAAAAUCGUCUUCACUCCAUGUAAGAAUCUGCCUGGUAUGGCAAGCAAUUCGUAUGAUGAUCGUUUUAUUCUGCAGUUAGCUGCUGAGCAAGAUGCAGUCAUAAUCUCGAAUGAUAAUUAUCGAGAUUUGAUAGAUGAAAAUAUUGCAUUCAAAAAAUUAAUCGAAAACCGCGUACUAGGCUAUACGUGGUGUGAUGACAUUUUUAUGUUGCCAAAAGAUCCAUAUGGUAGAUUUGGACCCACUUUGGAUUCAAUACUGAAUAGGAAAAUAUAGCAUAUA